AGUAGUGAGUAGUGAGUAGUGAGAGUUCAUUCCCUCCAAAUUUUUAGAUUUAAUUAAUUUAAUAUAAUAGAUUUUUUGUUUUUGUUUUGAGGAAUGAUAGAACAAGGAUUAGAUUUUAUUUUAUUUUAUUUUUCAACUAAGAAUAAAACAUAAAAUUCGAUUUUGUCGUAGCAAAUUUCUGUUUUCCGUUACACUCCCAAUAUAUCAAAAUCAAAUACCCUAAUUCGUCACUUCCCUCUCAAAUUGAAUCCAACAAUUCUUCUACGAUGAAUGAUCCCUGCCAUCUCAGCACACCGUCGAAGCGGCGAGCAGAACACGAGCUGCAUGCAUCAUGUACAGACCAAAACAACAACAAGAAGAGAAAAUCACCAACAAAAGUCACUUCUCGAAAAAGAACCUCCAGGAAUAAUAUGCCUAAGAAAAAUGCAUCAGUUAAAGGGAUUAAGGAGACUACUUCGCCUGAUCUGGCUCGGAAGAUUGAUUUGCGGUUGGAGGCAAAAUUAUCAGCUGAGGAAAAUUCAAGGAUGUUUGCGGGAAGGCAAAUACAUCCGUUUUUUUCAACGUGGAAGGUGGAGAAGAAAUUUCGGGAGUCAGCUGAUUCAGAAUGCAGUUCGUCUACUGCUAAGGGGGAGAAUGGAAGAACUAUCUGCGGUCCUAUUCAUGUAUUUGAAGAUUUUCAGGAUGAUACUUCAUUUCUUGAUUGGAAUGAUUGGAAAUUUUUGGAGAAUACCACCGUUGUGGAUUUUGGUCCUGAAAGUUCAAAUUUAUCCGUUAUGGAGGGUUCUAUUGAAUCCUUAAAUUUUGACAACUUUCUUAGUGCUGUAAAACCUUCAAGGACUUCAAUUUCUCAGAAUGCCUUGUCUUAUUCAGAUAAGCUAUCUACACAACCUGAUAAUAUGACGGAAAUAUCACCAGCAAACUCAUCUCUGCCAGCUAACAAGCAAGCAACAUGGCCUCUAAAUCCCCCAGCAAAAGCGGACUUGGAGGUGGAUGAAGUCAGUGCUGCAUCUGGGCAAGCAUGCAUUUUCGGAAAAUCAGACAGUGAGCCACUGAGUAGGUUUCUUCAAGAAAGGGUGAGAUCUUUCUACCAUAGUUGUGAAAAUAAGGCUGAGAGCAGCUUAUGGAUACACAAGUACAAACCAACAAAAGCCUCCGAGGUAUGUGGUAAUGAUGAAUCUCUGAAUUUCUUACGUGACUGGUUACAUCUUUGGCACGAAAGACGUUGUCAAAACAGAAAGGGUUCCUCUAACAAGGAUCAAACUGACAUACCAAACGAUGAUGGUGAUUAUAACUUUCCUGGUUUUGGCUGUGCUUCAAAAGAUGUUGAUGAGGAGGGUUCCCUGAAGAAUGUUCUUUUAAUUACAGGACCAGUUGGGAGUGGCAAGUCUGCAGCUGUCUAUGCUUGUGCCCGAGAGCAAGGGUUUGAGGUUUUAGAGCUCAAUGCAUCAGACUGUCGAAAUGGGUCUGCUGUCAGGCAAUAUUUUGGAGACGCUCUUGGAUCACAUGGUUUCAAAAGGUCAGUGGAACACACUGUGAGUUCACACAAGAAAACUGUGAAAUUGCUCCCAGCUCCAGCUUUUCCUAAUGUUAAAGCUUCUGAAGAGAUGGAUGAUGAUGUGAUUGAAAUGAUAACCAUAUCGGAUGAUGAAGAUCAUAGUCCUAGUGGAACAUCUCAGAAGUUACACGACAUAAAUAAUGCACUUACAUCUGAUACUGUCCAAACUUUAAUUCUAGUUGAGGAUGUUGACAUCCUUUUUCCUGAAGAUCGGGGAUGUAUUGCUGCCAUACAACACAUUGCUGAGACAGCAAAAGGGCCAAUUAUAUUGACCAGCAAUAGUAAAAAUGCUGGCCUUCCAGAUAAAUUUUUAAGACAACAUAUUUCUUUCUCAUUGCCAUUGCCGGAUGAGUUGCUUUGCCAUUUGUUCAUGGUUUGUGUCACAGAAGAAGUCAACAUCAAUCCUCUUUUACUGGAGAAGUUUAUCCAGUCUUGUGACAGGGAUAUUCGUAAAACCAUUAUGCAUCUUCAGUUCUGGUUCCAGAAUAAAAAAUAUAGCAAAGACAAGAAUGUGCAGACCAUAUAUGGCUCACUUCCCUUUGAUCUUGAGGCUGGUCAUAAGAUACUACCAAAGAUAAUACCCUUGGAUUUUCCCUCAGAGUUAUCCAAACUAAUUGAGAAGGAAGUUGCCAAUUCAAUAACCAUAAUGGAAAACAGCUCGAGCUGGGAAGGGUUAGUUAAGGAAGAGCUUUGCAUAAAUGACAAGCAAAAUAACUUAGAUGUGCCUUGUAUGGGGACUGAUUAUUUAGAGCCCAAGGUAGAGGUCAUGAAGACGAUUACAGACUGUGGUGAGUUUGAAAGUCAACAUAGUGCUACCUCUGAGCUAUAUAAUUGUUCUGGAUCCCCAGUAACAUCCUUUUGGCCAAAGGAUCAAAGGCAACUUGUAGUGAUGUCCUCUGGUGCUAUGGAUAAUAAUUCAUAUAAUAGACUUUCUGUAGACAUUCAUGACGAAGCUUACAGGAGACAAUCCCUUGAAGGAAACAGUGAAUCUUCCUUUAAGUUUCUAUUGGAUGAAAGCUAUGCCAAUAUGUCAUUUUCUGAGCUGCUGUUUUCUGGUUUGGAAGAUUCAGAGGAGCAGCAGUGUAAAUAUUUAGAAACAACUUAUGAUGCAUGCUUAAACAAAACAUACAACUCAUUCGAUAUGUCCUGUUUUCCGGAAUCAAGAUUUGUUUGUGAGACUGCCUUUCAAAAUAGAAUAGAAACAAAGUCUGGAGUAGUGUCUGCUGGACAUCAUGCUUAUCCGGUAAAUGUUUCUCUGGAUAAUGAGUUGACACCAUUCUCCUUCAAUCUUUGUCAGCGCUGGGCUGAAGUGCCUCAAGAUCCAGAUUUGUUGGUAAAUACUGAAAUUCCCAAAUCUUCUCCAAGAGCAACUGCACAAGAUUUUAGUGAUGAGAACAUGGAAAUCCCACCUGUGUAUAACACAAUGGAUGAGUGCAGUCACACUGGUUUUGAGUUGAAGUCAAAACUUGUUGAUUUUAGUCCAUCUACAGAGAUAGACAUGGUGCAAAAUUUGUGGAGGAAACUUCGUGAUUGUCGAACAGAUUUAAGACAGCAUGCUACCUCAGAACAGAUAGGUGUUAUCCAAGUUGUUAAACUUGCUAGUGGACUGAGCAAUCUAAUUUCAGAAGCUGAUUUGUUGUUUCGUAACCACCAACAAAAACAAUGUGGUAUUAUGGAACCUCCACUUUUUCUGUCUGAUGAAGCCACAUUUAGUUGGUAUGAUGAGCAAAUGAUGAUGUCAACUGUUGCUGCGCAUGGUUUUUGCUUUUAUGCCAAGCAUAUAGUAGAUGUGGGAUCCAAAUUGGGUUUUGAGAACAGGGUAGACACGACUUCGGAGAUGUUGGCUUCUACUACAAAUAUUAUGGCUUUGGGGAAGUUAUCUAGACAGGACCACACUGAAAGCAUGAAUAACUAUACUAAAAAGCUAUUAGAGGUGAACAACUCAAGAAAUGAUAAGAGCAGCAUGCAAAACAAUGAAAGCAGAACAUCUCUAUUCAACGUAAUCCAAUCCAUUGUUCCUGCAAGAUCAUCAAUGGCAAUUAGAGGCAUUGCAUUCAAUGAGUUUCUUUCUUCACUACGCCAAAUUUCAAUUUCAGAAGGUUUGCGCAUUUCAGAAGGUGUUAAUAAGACGAGGAAAGGAAGGCGGAGUGCUCAACAUUAUUUGAGCAGAGGUACAAUGAUGUUGUCUUCUGAGGAUAUAUCAUUGGUCUGUGAAGGUGAUUUGUACAGAAAGAUAUCUUCACAGUAUGCUGCUAACAUGGAAAGUAAUUGCACAUGACUAAACAUUGUAGCUUAGAUUUAAUUUAAUAAUAGGGCCAUUCAUUCUUUGACAUAUUAGGUAAGAUAUAUACUAAGCUUUGAUUUCGUAGAUGAUUGGCAUAGGACUAGGCUCAUAUGAUUUAUUUUCCCCUAUGAUUAUGAUCAUGGGCCGAGAUUGUAAAUUAAAUUAGCAGUGAUAGGAUUCGAAUAAGAAGUGGAAAUUGUAAAAAGAUUCAUUAUGUGUAGAUUAUCAUUUUUUAAAUAAUCUUAUUUUCACUAAAUUUC